AUGAGUUGGCGUCCGUAUCUUCGUUGGUUCGUUUUCUACUGUUGGUAUCAGAACAUAGCUUUUGUGAAUUAUCUAUGCACUCAUAGUGCACAAUAUGUUUACAGGUUAAGUAUACGAGAGGUUGAGAGGGGAAUCGAAGAAAGCUUACGGGUGGAAGAUACGAAGAAAGAUCUUCAGAACAUUUGGCACAUCUUAAAUAACUUUUGGCUUGUUGAAAUCCUGUAUUCUCGACCCUCACCAUCC